AUGGUUCGAAUCAAGGAAAGAUAUCUACUUGUCAAUAUUCUCACUCCAACUCACUCUGGAAAACAGCUCUCUUCGGAUAUUCCCGAUGUCCUCAUCGUACAUCAACCAGUGCCCAACAGCCUUACUGCUAGAUCCCUUUUGAAUGGCAUACGGAGUCAAAUCAUCAGUUUAUUUGGAGAUCUUGGAGCCGGAGCUAUCGAAGGAAAUGCCAUGGUCAAAUAUCUGUCAAGGGCAACCUCAACUUUCAUUCUCAAAGUCAAGAGGUCUCACUACCGGCUUGUUUGGGCUGCUCUCACAACCAUGACUCAUCUCACACUCAGCACGGGAGAGCAAAGAUCAUGCGCGUUUCAAGUCGCACGCGUUAGCGGCACCAUUCGUAAAGCAGAGCAAGAGGCCAUCCGACGCGCCCGACAAUUAGUGCUGGCUGCGCAG